CGGGCCGCCCUACCCUCUGUAGCCCACCCCCCUCUUAAAGCGGCGGCGGGAAGAUGAGGUUCCGGGAGCCGCUCCUGGGCGGCGGUGCUGCGAUGCCGGGCGCAUCCCUGCAACGGGCCUGCCGCCUGCUCGUGGCUGUCUGCGCGUUGCACCUUGGCGUCACCCUCGUCUACUACCUGGCCGGCCGCGACCUGAGCCGCCUGCCCUUUCUGGUCGGAGUCCCCACACCUCUGCAGGGCAGUUCGAACGGCGCCGCCGCCAUCAGGCAGCCCUCCGGGGUGCCUCGGCCGCGAGGGACAGCGCCUCCGUCGCCUUUUGAAGCUUCCUUCCAGCCGCGUCCAGGUCGCGAUUCCGGCCCAGACGCGAACUCUCGCCUCGGCCCCGCGAGCAACCUGACUUCGGCCCCAGAGUUCCCCAUCAUAGCACUGCCUCUGCCCGCUUGCCCUGAGGAGUCCCCGCUGCUCGCCGGCCCCUUGACGAUAGAGUUUAAUAUGCCUGUGGACCUGACACUUGUGGCGGAGCAGAACCCUGAGGUGAAGAUGGGCGGUCGCUAUGCCCCCAAGGACUGCAUCUCUUCUCACAAGGUGGCCAUCAUUAUUCCAUUCCGAAAGCGGCAGGAACACCUAAAGUACUGGCUGUAUUACUUGCACCCAAUCCUGCAACGUCAGCAGUUGGACUAUGGCAUCUAUGUUAUCAACCAGGCUGGAGAGUCCAUGUUCAAUCGUGCUAAGCUCCUCAACAUUGGCUUUCGAGAGGCCUUGAAAGACUACAACUACAGCUGCUUCGUGUUUAGUGAUGUGGAUCUCAUUCCAAUGGAUGAUCGUAAUGCCUACAGGUGUUUUUCACAGCCACGGCACAUUUCUGUAGCAAUGGAUAAGUUUGGAUUUAGCCUACCUUAUGUUCAGUAUUUUGGAGGUGUCUCUGCUCUAAGUAAACAACAGUUUCUCACCAUCAAUGGAUUUCCUAAUAAUUAUUGGGGCUGGGGAGGUGAAGAUGAUGACAUUUUUAACAGGUUAGCUUUUAGAGGUAUGUCUAUAUCUCGCCCAAAUGCUGUGAUUGGAAAGUGUCGGAUGAUUCGCCACUCAAGAGAUAAGAAAAAUGAACCCAAUCCUCAGAGAUUUGACCGAAUUGCACAUACGAAGGAGACAAUGCUCUCUGAUGGUUUGAACUCACUCACUUACGAGGUGUUGGACGUACAGAGAUACCCAUUAUAUACCAAAAUCACAGUGGACGUCGGGACACCGAGCUAGCAUUUUGGUGCACUGAUAAGAGACCUAAAAAUGGCCAGGGACCUCAGCUGUGUCGCUGCCAAUGUGCUGGGCUGGUCUCUCUCAUUCUUACCAAUCAGAGUGAUAGGCCCCCUUCACUCAUCACUCACAUGCCUUUCCAGAUGGCCAGGACAGAGUCGGGUAUUUUGUCCCCAAAUUGGCUCAGCAUGUGACUUCUUAGCUCUACGAGGCGUUUGUAAGUGUAGAACCAGUCAGCCUUUGGGGGGCUCUCAGCACAUCUACAGUGUCACCCUAAAGAAUCAGAGCUGUAUACAACCCCAAAAUUGGUUCCCGUGGGACUCAUUCCCAGCUAUAAACUAUUACUUUGUUGUGAAAUAGGUAGGACUUUUGCUUUAAAAUGUGUAUUCAUAUUAUUUUAUGAAAAAUUGGAGAGUGCUGCUGAAAUUGUAUUGAUGUGAUAUUUUUUGGUUGUCAUAUUUUAACAAAACAUACAGCUUAACUAUUCUCAUUUUA